AUGGUGCGCAACAUCCUCCUCUUCGCCGGUUCGUCCCACCCACAACUCGUCGAGUCCAUCUGCGCCCACCUCGCCAUUCCUCCAGCAAAGAUCACAUUGGGCAAGUUUAUGGUUGGCGAGACCCGAGUCGAGGUCGGCGAGAGCGUCAGAGGCAAGGAUGUUUUCAUUGUACAGACUGCCUGCUCCACCAAGAAUGGUGGCAGUGGUGGCAUGUCACUCAACGACGGACUGAUGGAGCUUCUCAUCACGAUAAGCGCGUGCAAGACGGCGAGUGCCAGGAGAGUCAUCGCAGUGCUUCCUCUCUUCCCAUACUCGCGACAAAGUGAUCUUCCAUACAACAAGGUCGGCGCACCUCUCGCGCGCAUGCCCACCAAGACCGGGGAUGACGACAAGUACACGUUCGACUCGAGGCCCGGCACGCCUGGCCCAGGAAAUCAGAGGAAAGACGAGCAUUUGGAGAAGAGCCUUAAGCACAUGACCAACGGCGUGGGAGAGCUGCACAUUCCACCAAGGCGAAAGGAUACUAUUGAGAGUGUCCGAUCAGAAGAUUCGAGCUCAGGCUCAGUGAACGGCUACAAGCACGCUUCGCCAACCUCGGCUCCAAAUUCUGCUGCCAACGGUACAAGCACAACUUUCUCGACAGGCAGCGCGCCGCCCGAUUUCAAGCCCCAGCGUGGAUACAAGCAAUGGGUAGCACAGGCAGGCACUUUGGUAGCGGAUCUCCUGACCAGCGCAGGCGCUGAUCAUGUCAUUACCAUGGACCUCCAUGACCCUCAAUACCAGGGCUUCUUCGACAUUCCGGUGGACAACCUCUACGGUCGUAAUUUGUUGAAGCGGUACAUCACCCAUGAUAUCCUUCCCCACGAGGGUGGUGCCGACGAGUGUGUCAUUGUGAGUCCUGAUGCGGGAGGUGCGAAGCGAGCCACGAGCAUUGCGGACGCGCUGGGUAUGGAAUUCGCGUUGAUCCACAAGGAGCGUCGGAACCCCAACAGCAGUGGCCAUACUCCAGCCAAUGCCUUACUGCUCGUGGGCGAUGUCAAGGGCAGGACUUGCAUCCUUGUCGAUGAUUUGGCUGACACCUCGAACACGAUCACCAGAGCGGCGAAAUUACUCAAGAGAGAAGGUGCGAAGAGGGUUUAUGCCCUGGUCACACAUGGUGUGCUCAGUGGCGAUGCUGUUGACCGGAUAUUCUGGUCUGGCUUGGACAAAGUCGUCGUAACGAACAGCGUACCCCAACAGCACCACCUCGAGAAGAUGGACCAACUCGCAGCCAAGCAUAGCAAGCCCCCUGGCAAACUCGAAGUGCUCGAAGUCGGCGGUGUCUUCGCCGAAGCCAUCCGCCGUGUGCACCACGGAGAGAGCAUCAGCGUUCUAUUCCAGUACGACUAG